AUGUGUGAUACACCAUUGGUAGAUACGGUGCCAUCAUUUUAUCGUGAAGUUUACCAGCAAACUUGUCAGCGCGGAUCUGGCAAAGUAGAUAAGGAUGUCUUCGUUAAAGUACUCAUGAAAUCAAGCUUACCCAAGCAAACGCUAUCCGCCAUUUAUGAAUGUUUGGGCGUAAGGAAAGACGAUGAUAUUAGUCGUGAAAAAUUGUAUAAGGCAUUAGCCUUGGCUGCUUUGGCGCAACAAGGGAAGACGUAUAAUUUAGAAGCUCUAGACGCCAUCGAUUCAGCUGAUUAUCCCACACCUUCCCUUGGUGAUUUAUCAGACUUGAAGCUUUUAAAUCUACGUUUGCAAAGGGAAAAGACUCCUACCUUAUUAAACUACACAUACAGAGAAUUAGAAGAUUUGAAUAGUGUUAAUGUAGAAAUAGUUCCUGAAAAGAAAGGAUUGUUUCUGAAGCAUGUGGAAUACACAGUAUACAAUGAGAGAACAAAAUCGACGGUUUGCCGACGUUACAGCGAUUUCUGUGCGCUACAUGAAGUUUUGCUACAGAGGUUCCCUUAUCGAGCAAUUCCACGCCUGCCACCUAAGAAAUUAGCUGGUAGAUUUCUGGAAGCACGUUGUCGCGCAUUACGUCGAUAUUUAUCAUUGAUUUGUCGACACCCUGUGGUACAUGACUCAGAAAUUGUAGUCUACUUUUUAACGGCUGGCGUUUCUGAUUUUCAAAAUAAAAUGAAGGAUAAAUUUCGAAAUUUACCGGAUGAAUUUGUUACAAGCCCUCUUGCCGGCAAAGCAAAGGAUCUCGUUCCAAUAGAUACGCAAGUUAGUUUCAAUGAAAGUAAGGAACUACUUCGUAAUGUCCUUGGUAGUGUAUCAAAGUUAAGAGAAAUAAUAGAAAACAUCAUAACAAGAUCAGGAGUGGAUGCUCGAGAUUGGCAGCAAUUCGGUAGCGAAUUGAGCAAUUUAGCUAACGAGUCUCACGCUAGCUCUGCUUGGGCUUGUGGUAAUAGCCACACUUGGAAUCAAUUAAAAGGCGUCUUCAAAUCUUUAACAGGCUACUUUAACGAAGUAGCGGAUAUAGGAAUAAAUCAAAUUCAAGGGGCUGAAGACGGAUCAUUCGAAAUCUUUAACCAAUUUAUGGACAUUUUAACUUCAUAUAAAGAUCUAUGUGAUCGCCAUGAGAAAGGUGUAAUAAAAGAUCAUCAAUCUGCUUUACAGAAGAUGUCUUCAAUGAAAAAAAGGCAAAUUUCAGCUCAAGCUAAGGGACACGAAGCUGGAAAUACCGUAGAUCAAUUAGAAUCGCGUAUUAUCGAGCAAGAAAGUGAAAUUUCAAAUAUGGAAUUUCGAAAUUACUAUUCACUUCACUGUGUCCAUAUGGAAACUCAGCUUGUCCAUGCCAAUAUGGAGCUAUUUGCACUAUCAUUUCAGGAACUUAUCAGUCAACAAAUUAAGAAUCAUAAAGAGGUAUUAACAAUGUUGAUUUAG